UUAGGGUCGCAACUUUGUAACCUGGGAGCGAUCCACGACACACCUUUUACCAUUCUUGAGGUGUAGCCUUGCCAUUUUCGAUGAUCUGCCACUUGAUAGUGGUUUAGUACGUUUUCGGGGGCACCGCAUAUAUACCAUCUGUGUACUUAAGAAGCGGAAAUUUCUUUUACCUGCAUUCCCUGAUGAUGGCAAGACCCCCGUGGGAACGUAGGAAUAAUAACGAUAACAAUAAAAAAGCUUUUGUUUUGUGAUUCCUGUCGUCCAAGCAUUUUAUAUCGCCGGAUCCAAGGGCAAGUCUGAAUGUAAAUGCGUGCGCGCAUCCUCGGACAAAGGUACACGUCGUAAAUGCGCGAGAAAGAUAAAAAAAGAAAAAAGGAAGACCCAGGUCGGCCACGUCAAGCGAAGAGGCAGUAUAGGGAGAGAGAGAGGACAUCGCACAACGAAAACAAGGAAGCCUACACUCUGAAAGGAAAGAAUUGGGAGAGCGAACAGGUCCGAAGGGGAUGAGCAGGAGGAGGCGUGGGACGGUGCGCCGGGAAGACGGGAGGGGGGCGCCGUGCGCAUGCGCGACCGAGGCGCGAGGCCGGCGCGUGCGACCGACCGCGGGUCACGCGCGCCUUUUUUACCCGGCCGCUGGCUACUGACGGCCGCGGACGCGGCGCCGACGCCUUCAGUCGCCGGAGGCACGCUGCCCGAAAAGGAGGAAAGGAAAAAGUUGUUGGCCAACGUCGGCAGGGUCGACGUCGCCACCGAUCGGUCACGACGGAGAAGGACAGCGUCGCCGAGUCACCACGACGGCAGCGUCGCCUGUUGGGUUGCUAGCGUAAGCUUCAAUACGCCCUAAAAUCGGUUACCAGCAGAGGCCUCAGGAAAAUCAAGCGACUGAGACAUGAAAGCCGGCUUUCCGUCAAGAGCAUCGUAUGAAGCUGCCGUGGAUUCCUAUUGCUCCCUCUCUGGUUUUCAUCGCAUUCACGUACGACUUGCAGGCCACGACUAAAAAGGAAGGUCUCAGUUGCUGAUAGUGUCGCAAGAGGACCAAGCGGCAAGAAAGUGAAGCUACCAGCGAGGAUUUAUAUAACCGCCAAGGAACUCAAGAUCUGCUCUUCGGCAACGCAGCCCCUCGUCAUUAUUGUGGCCCACCUCGAUGGUGAUGGGGCGAGACCGACACCCAUGCUGGGCAACAGCGCCGACGUUACCACGGUGUUGUCCGAACUCGACGCUCUCUCCGGCUCCGACAACGAGACGGCGUCGGAAGCGCCGGUCACCGCCGAAGAUCUGUUCGGCCCACUUUACGCCAAGACGCUGCGGAUCGCGCUGCUCAGCGUCAUGCUCGCGCUGUCGCUCCUGGGCAACUCGAUCGUGUGUCACAGGCUCCUGACGUCUCGCCGACACCGCAUGUUCAAGGCACAGGUGCUUUUCCUGAACCUAGCCUUCGCCGACCUGCUCGUCACUCUGGUGACCAUGAGCUCGCAGUUGGUGUGGGAGGUCGUGGGCCGCGUCUGGGUCGCUGGAGACGCCGCGUGCCGCCUGUUCAAGGUGCUGCAGACGUUUGCGCUGGUCUCCUCCACCUACAUGCUGGUCGGCAUCGCGGUGGACCGCCACUGCGCCAUCUGCAAGCCGCUGGCGCCGGCGCCCAGGCCUCGCUCGCUGGUUGCAGCCUGCUGGCUUCUGUCGCUCGUUCCGUCCCUACCCAACAUGUUCAUGUUCCGGCUCGUCGUGAUCCGGGACGAGUGCUACUGUGCCUCAGUGUUCUACAUCUACCAGGACUCCGUGGUAUCGCGCCAGGCCUACAUGGCGUUCGUCUUCACGCUUGUGUUCAUAUUGCCACUGGUGGCCCUAGUGACACUGUACUCGUGCAUCCUGUAUAGGAUGUGGAAGAUGAGCAGCACCGCCACAUCCCGGCAGCCAGGGGACGCUGUUUCGUCGUCCUGUGAGCGUGCCGAAAGCGCAAGGACCACUCUGCCUAAGGCGCGCCUGCGAACUCUCAAGAUGGCGAUAAUUAUAUUUGUGGCAUUUAUCGUGACGAACCUUCCGUACAUGGUGCAGGAAAUGUUGCUGGCCUUCGCGGAAAACGUCUCGCUCGGGCCCCAUGUGGUCGCCGUGUUUGGCGUCGUCUCAGCCUCGAACAGCGCCGUCAACCCGUACGUCUUUCUGGCCUUCAAUGGCGGUGCCGCGGCCUUCGGAUGUGACGCCCACGUGCGCGUCCUGUGGCGCCGCCUGGCGUGCUCUUCGGGCUCGAGGCGAACCACUGCCACUUUCCGCACCGCCUGGUCGACUCUGCAGACUCGGAACAGGAGGCGCUCGCCAACGGUGAAAAUGUUUCCUUCUCCCGACAACUUCGAGUGUGGCGAAGCGCAGAAGAAACACCCAGAAACACCCAGGCUGGCAUCGCUGGGAGACUGCCUUUAGCUGCAUGUUCGUAGUAUAUAUACAAUUUCAUUCCUUGGGACGAGUUGCAGGCAUAGCAGGCAGUUAUGACGCCUCUUGUUACGAGCUUGACUGCUCAUGGAUACAUCGUCAAGUGUAUCUCUUAUUGUGGGAUUCAGCGCACCAACGGGCCAACAUGCACAUUGAUUGCAUAAUGAGAUGCAAUAGCUGGUAUUGUGAGAGAUAUUCAGCCUUACUCCGCAGUCUUGUUAGUUAUCGCAAGAUUUCCGUGCUAGUUAUUGUCAUGGCUGUGAAUUUGCAAGCACAAAGAUCAAAGGUGAAGCUUUGAUAGAAAUGUAUCUGGCCGACAAGAAAUACGUGAACGAAUUUUAAUGAGGUUCCGCAAAUUUUUCGUUUACAGUUCCAAAUAAUUCGCGGCUUCGCGUUUCAUUCAAAUUUUGGUCUGUAACAUCUAUCGAUAUAUUAUUGUUUAGCGCUUAUGCUAAUGGCACAACGACAUAGAUAUCUGAACUGUUUCUGUGAUUCCUCUAUAGCUAAGUCACAAGAACACAACGUCGCUGAGGAAAUCUCGAGAUAUAAUUUCGAAAGACACAAAUAUCGGGUGUCUGGGUAAGUUUGGAGAUCCACAGGAAAUUUUUCAGUGCUAUAUUUUGCCUGUAGCAAGUCAAUAAGAUGAAGGGGCGUCAGUAGAAGCCACGUAACGACAUCAAAGUCGGUAGCUCAGAGCCUGAAACGUAAACCAGAGUCACCUGUUUCUCAGACGAUAGUAUGUAGUUUUUAUGCUACACCAAUGCAAACAUCACCAGACUCAAAUCUCCGUAUCUGGAUGUUAAAAUUAAACUUAAUUAAUAUUUGUGGUUUUACGUAGCAAGAGCACGAUCUGAAUAUGAGGCACGCCAUAGUCAGGGACUCCGGAAUAAUUUGGACCAGCUGGGGUUCUUUAACGUGCACCUAAAUCUAAGUAUGCAUGGGUGUUUUUGGAUUGUACCCCCAUCGAAAUGUGGCCGCCGCGUCCUCGUGGUGUCCGGGAGUGUCUGCCUACUCGCCGCCUUGUUUUUCUGAGCAACAAUGCCGCAUGGAGGUAGUGUUUGUAGCCAAUGUAGUAAGGUAUCAAUUUGGGCUAGUUGGAAUGUAUGCAUACUUUAAAUCAGCGCGGAUAACGGCGGGAACACGAUAGGAGGGACUAUGCACGUCCGGUGCCUUUAUUUUUGUGGUAACGUCCUUUCUUUUUUUCUUUUUUUAGCACACUUAAAGUAUUCACGGUAACGUUUCACUACGCUUAAACAUAAAUCUACAAAGGCUGUUGUCGCAGCUUUCUUUUCAUUUGAGUACGACUACAUCAAAGUUUUGAAGAGACACAGAAUACUCGGUGUUUCAGAAUACACCAGCCAUUUCCUGCGACACUGUUCAAAGAAAAUGCCCUUUUGCGAGAUAGGAGAGGUUGUUAUUGUUAUGUACCGAUUAAUGUUUUGAGGUACCAAGAAAAAUCGUAUAUUUAAUGACCUUUGCCGGCGUGUUUUUAUUGGCGUGUUUUCGUGUUCUUUCUAGAUGUUCCUGUUAACUGCCUUCUUCGCUUCCAUACUAUCAAUGGCAGCGACUGGGCGUUAUGCAGAUUACUAUAUAUACUGCUCAUUAUUUUAGUACGGGCAGUGAAAUCUGUUGUACACGUAUUUUACGAAUAAAAAAAGUUUUGUAGUCUCGUUA